AUGAGUCACUACUCUCCCUCAACGCACCACUCCCUCAACUCACCACUCCCUCAACUCACCACUCCCUCAACUCACCACUCCCUCAACUCACCACUCCCUCAACGCACCACUCCCUCAACUCACCACUCCCUCAACUCACCACUCCCUCAACUCACCACUCCCUCAACUCACCACUCCCUCAACUCACCACUCCCUCAACUCACCACUCCCUCAACUCACCACUCCCUCAACUCACCACUCCCUCAACUCACCACUCCCUCAACUCACCACUCCCUCAACUCACCACUCCCUCAACUCACCACUCCCUCAACUCACCACUCCCUCAACUCACCACUCCCUCAACUCACCACUCCCUCAACUCACCACUCCCUCAACUCACCACUCCCUCAACUCACCACUCCCUCAACUCACCACUCCCGCAAUCAAGAUCCUUUUUCUCUCGUACCCAGCUAUUCCUUAGGUUUGCGAGAGGAAUUAGAUUCAGAAUUUGUUAAGAUUGAGUUCCCAUUAUGUAUCCACGUUCAGAUUUUAGUCAGAAUUGACCAACACAUUAUUGUUCACAUACCCGAAAAUACGAGAGUGCGAUGCCUACCACGGAAACUCUCGGGCCAAGGACCCAGAAUGCUCCACCGCAUAGGGGUGAUGGAAACAGUGUUUUCGGUCAGCUUGGCCCAAUAUGGAAACCGUAUUACGGACGCUAUUGAUGGUUUGACUAUCCUCCACCACUAUUUGGGACAUUAA